UUGCAGGAAAUGAGGGGAUUUCUUAAAUUUGCUAUACUCGCAGCAGUCCUCCUUGCACUCGCUUAUGGAGAUGACGAAGACGAGGAAGCGAGUGAGUUAGAGAGAAGAAGAAUUAGAAACUGUCCAGAAGUCACUUUUAAAAGAAUGACCGGUUGCGUUUGGGAGUUUGGAAGAUUUUUGAAAAAAGUACUUUUUCUGGAUUUGGAGCAGAGGACUCUGGAUAGAUUUAGAAAAUCGUGCCUUUCAAUGGCUGAAUGUUUUGAUCUUAUUGAGUGUAAAGAAACUGGCAAAUUUUCAAGAGGCAAAAGAAUCAAGGACUCUUGUGACGUCAUGAACUACUUAUCCAAAGAUUUUGUGCCCUGUCUUAAAAGACUGGAAAGAUUAGAUCCGGCACCAACGUGUUUCAACAAAUGGAAACCAUUUUCUGAUUUGAAUGAAGUUGGACCUGACACAACCCCAGAGGAAAUGGAGGAACUGUGUAAAAAUAUGUUGGGAAAAGACAAUUGCAUGAAGGACCUAGUCAGCAGAACUUGUGGAGGAGUCAUGUCGCAAGAGUUGGUUGAUCGUUUCGAAGCUACAUCAGUUUUCAAACAAUGCGACGCCGAUUAAAUUUAGCGGACAUUUGUUUCUUCAACAUUAAUUUGCUCGUGUAAUAAAUCUAAAAAACAGUUAACAAACGUUUAGAUUUAAAUAAUUUUGGUUUUUUCUCAAUAAAACUGUGUUUCUAAAA